CGUUCCCCCACCUCCCAGGUUUUGGAGAUGACCUCAACUGCAUCUUCAACGACGACAACGCCGAGAAGUUGGUGCUGCGCAUCCGCAUCAUGAACAGCGACGAGAACAAGAUGCAGGAGGAGGAGGAGGUGGUGGACAAGAUGGAUGACGACGUCUUCCUGCGCUGCAUCGAGUCCAACAUGCUGACCGACAUGACGCUGCAGGGCAUCGAGCAGAUCAGCAAGGUGUACAUGCACCUGCCCCAGACAGACAACAAGAAGAAGAUCAUCAUCACGGAGGAUGGGGAGUUCAAGGCACUGCAGGAGUGGAUCCUGGAGACUGACGGGGUCAGUCUGAUGCGGGUGUUGAGCGAGAAGGACGUGGACCCGGUGCGCACCACCUCCAAUGACAUCGUCGAGAUCUUCACUGUGUUGGGCAUCGAGGCGGUGCGCAAGGCUCUGGAGCGGGAGCUGUACCACGUCAUCUCCUUUGACGGUUCCUACGUCAACUACCGUCACCUGGCCCUGCUGUGCGACACCAUGACGUCCAGGGGACACCUGAUGGCCAUCACCCGGCACGGCGUCAACCGGCAGGACACCGGGCCCCUCAUGAAGUGCUCCUUUGAGGAGACGGUCAGCAGCUGUGUGGGGUGUCUGUGGGGUCUUAGGGCUGCUGUUCCCCCAUCUUUGGGGUUAUGACGCUCGUUUAGGGGG